AUUUGUUGUUGUUUUUCUCGUCACCGCAGAGCAAGCACGUCGGUAACGGAAAUUCUUGUCAACAUUUUUCGCGCUCUACGUUUUAACGGCGCCCGGUCGUCGUCGCCGUUGCUGCCAACAUUGUCAACCGCAGCGGCGUCACAUCAAGACAAAAAAAAAAAAAAACCUCUGGGUUUUCCAUGGGAAAACACAACAUAUCGGUAUCUAACAAUUCGACACGCGCUCAUCUCUAACGCUAGGAUCAUAACAGAAAAGACUGCACCGCUCUGCCUUAAGCCUCGCCGCGGAAUACGUACGAAAACGGAGACGGAGACGGCGACGUCGACUGCAGCAGACAGAAGAGAGAGCCUGGACUAGAGACAUAAAGAUCAACGAAAGAGAGUGCGAUAGACCCAGAGAGAGAGAGAGAGCGAGAUAGAGCGAGAGAGAGACAGGCAGACAGGCUACACACACACACACACACACACACACACACACACACACACACACUCAAGAUGAGCUCUUAUCUGGAACUUUUUGGAUUGUUCGUGCUGCUAAUGCUGCCUUUUCUAUACGAGACGAACCACAUAUUCCGAUAUUAUUUCAAGUUUUUAAUCUAUUAUGGAAUCGUCUCGUUUAACUCGAUCAUUCUGAUACCGGCGUUUCUCACACGGCCCUGCGAUGUGCGCAAUUUACUCUGGGCGAGCACCUGGUGUCAUCGGGUCACGGCGUUAAUUGGCCUGCGCUGGGAGCUGCGCGGCAAGGAGCAUCUGGAGAAGGAUCAGGCCUGCAUCAUUGUCGCUAACCAUCAGAGUUCACUGGAUGUGCUGGGCAUGUUCAACAUCUGGCACGUGAUGAAUAAGUGCACGGUGGUGGCCAAACGGGAGCUGUUCUAUGCCUGGCCAUUCGGCUUGGCCGCCUGGCUGGCUGGGCUCAUAUUCAUUGAUCGUGUGCGCGGUGAGAAGGCGCGGGAUACGCUAAAUGCGGUCAAUCGUCGGAUUAAGAAGCAGCGCAUCAAGCUAUGGGUAUUCCCGGAGGGUACACGCCGCAACACCGGCGAACUGCAUCCGUUCAAAAAGGGCGCCUUUCACAUGGCCAUCGAUCAGCAGAUACCGAUACUGCCGGUCGUCUUUAGCUCCUAUUGUACAUUCCUCAAUGAUAAAAAGAAAAUACUGAACGCUGGACGGAUUGUGAUUACGACAUUGCCGCCGGUUAGCACCGAGGGACUCACCAAGGAUGACAUCGAUCAGUUAAUGGAACGUGUGCGCGCCCAAAUGUGCGAAACCUUUAAGCUCACCUCCGCGGAGAUGCUGCAACGCUAUAAGCCACAUAAAUCCAUAUCGCCGUCGGUGGUCAAUGGGGCCGAGGCAGUUGCUGCAGCCGUCGCCAAUAGCUCCGGCUAUGCGCAGCUGCAUGUGGGCGCCGCUGCCGCCUCCUACGAGACGUACAAGAGCAGCGCCGGCAAGGCGACCAUGCUGAAGACGCUAUAGGCGCGCGAUCUAUAGCUCUCUCUCUCCCUAUAUAUAUAUAUAUAUAUAUAUAUAUAGAGGUAUAUAUAGGUUUCUAUGGCAAACCCUAAACUUAUGAUGGCGCGACAAUUGUCGACGAUCGAGACUUAUCUUUCCUUAAACAACACGCAUACCAAAAACAAAAAUAAGAGAAAAAGGUAGCCAAAAAAAAAAAAAGGAAACAAGAAAACAAGAAGCAACAACUAAGCGCACUAUGUAACAUGUUUUUUUUAGUUAUUGUUUUUUGUUUAAUUUACUGUCUGGAAUUGGUCUUCAGAAAACAAAUAUGUCUAAAAUUUCCACAAGGCUAA